GAGCCGUAUCCGCCUUUACUGCUGCCUUGUUGAAGGAAGUGAAGUCUGUCAGAAUGAGUUUUCGCUACGGCCAGGGUUAUCCAGUUGGAGGCAACCCACCACCAGGUGCUCCAUACGGGGGAGGCAGUGGUCCCUAUGGGCAUCAGCCCUCAGCUCCAUAUGCUGGUGCAACACGUCCACCAGGAGGUCCUUAUGGCGCUUAUGGAGCCCCAGGUCAGGGAGGGCAAUAUGGGCCUGGACCAGGGGGUGUCCCCGGUGGGCCGUAUGGGGGCUAUGGGGGACAGCCUCAUGGAGGACCUUACGGACACCAUGCUCCAGCAGGUAACAUCCCUCCUGGCGUUAACCAAGAGGCGUACCUGUGGUUCCAGAGUGUUGACACGGACCACAGCGGCUUCAUCAACCUGAAGGAGCUGAAGCAGGCACUUGUCAACUCAAACUGGUCUUCUUUUAAUGACGAGACCUGCCUCAUGAUGAUCAACAUGUUUGACAAGACUCGGUCAGGUCGAAUGGACCUGUUUGGCUUCUCAGCUAUGUGGGACUUCAUGCAGCGGUGGAGAGCGCUCUUUCAGCAGUAUGACAGAGACGGUUCAGGCUCUAUCAGUGGCAUGGAGCUCCAGCAAGCCCUCGCUCAGAUGGGCUACAACCUGAGCCCUCAGUUUUCUGAGACACUGGUGCGGCGCUUCACCGCGCAAGGCGUACGACCCGGCAUCCAACUGGACCGCUUCAUCCAGGUGUGCACCCAGCUCCAGGUCAUGACGGAGGUGUUCAGGCAGAGGGACACGGCCAUGACGGGCAACAUUCGCAUCAACUACGAGGAUUUCCUGUCUGGGGCCAUCACCAGGCUCAUGUGAGCCUCAUUCCACUGACAGUCCCUCUGCACUGUGGAUUCACAGCACCAUUCCAUGUUCAGGUCAUGUUUUUCCUCAGUUUUUAAUGCUCUCCCAUAAGUGCCCCAGCCUGUUGGCAUGUAUACAGUAUAUCAGCCAGUGCACAUCAUUCCAUGGCGUUUUGCUGAAAGUAGAUAAAGCCUCACACCAUGCUGCUGAAUUGAGUUCAGAGGCUAUUACAAAGGCAGAUAAAGCCUUCACUGGACAGCUUACCUUUCACCAGCUGGUCAGCAGGAAAGUGCUUGUGGCUUAUUAUUACAUCAGCCACCAUCUACUGUAGGUCAGUCAAACAGUCAUAAUCUUACCAUAGAUGCCUUCAUGACAAUUAGCAGGUCUCUUGUUUACUAGUGCCAGGACAGCACUUGAUUCAAAUGACUAAUAGUUUACCUGAUGUACAAGAGAGCACUUGAUACAUAUUCACUGAAUGUUGACCUGACAACCCCACCGACCACAUAUCUGUGCAGACUGAAUCAGUGUAAAGACUUGACUGCAGGAGAUAACAAAAUCCACCAGAGAUCAUUUCUCUGCUCCUUCAUACGACUGCAUGACGAUGAUUCUGAUGAACUGCAAACUCAUCUCCUGCGACUUUGCUCACAUGCUGCAUUAGCAUGUUCCCGUGCCAUCAACACAGUUUUAGAUUCUCUGUCAAAGUACGUACCUCAGAAGUAUUCAGCAUUCCCUGAGGGUUUUUCCAUGUAAUGGUUGCACCUUGUAUUGAACAGUGCUUUGUAUUGCAAAUGUGUGUAUUUGAGCAAAAAAAAAAAACACAUUGUAAUAUCAAAUCUAUCUCUUACAAUUAAUGAGAAAGCUUUGGAAUUAAUUGAUUCU